AUGUCUUUGGACGAACCUGCUUCGCCCUCCUCACGCCCCUCUUCCUCCUCUGGGCAUGGGGAUAACUCCUCUUCGAGCUCCACUCUCCCUGGGGAAGUUGACAUUUCCAAUUCAGUCGGCCGACCCACCUCGGCCGUACGAUCGUUCUCCAUCCGACGGCUGCUGUCGCGGACGUCGGCAGGGGCGGCAGCUGCGGAUCCGGCAGAGGGGACGGGCAUUGGCAGUCCCAAGGCGAGCAUCAAGGGGAAUGACACGCGGAGGUCGCCCCGCACGUCUGCUGACCUGGCUGCUCUGCAGGCUCUAGGCCUGGGGUCGGACGCGCGCAUUCUCUUCACUCCAGAGAGUGUAACAGCACUGGAGAAGGCGAUGGGGGCGCGGGACAUGGCACUCAUGAACCCCGUUCUCGUGCAGUCCUCCCUCUCCUGCCGCCCCUUCUACGCCAUUCUGCACCGCCAAUCAGCUGCUGCCGCCGCCGCCGCCGCUGCUGGUGGUGGUGCGGCGAACGGCAAUGGGGAAUCCAACGCGGGUACCACUAGCAGCAAGGUCAAGCGCGGCACCGUUCUGAUCGAUCUCGAGCCGAUUCUCCCCUCCGACCCGGCUGUGAACGGUGCCGGAGCUCUCCACUCCCACAAGCUCGCCACACACGCCGUCUCCCGCCUGCAAGCCAUCCCCUCUGGAAGCAGCCUCGAUUUACUCUUCCAGGCGCUGGUAGAAGAGAUUCGGCUUCUUACCGGGUAUGAUAGAGUCAUGGCGUAUAAAUUCCAUGAGGACGAGCAUGGGGAGGUGAUUGCAGAGGACCGGAAACGGCCCCUAGAAUCCUACCUGGGACUCCACUACCCGUCCACGGAUAUUCCCAAGGCGUCGCGGAUUUUAUUCCUGAAAAAUCGGAUCCGCAUGAUCUGCGACGCGAAGUCGAAGCCGGUGAAGGUGGUGCAGGAGCGGGGGUUUCUGAAGCAACCAGUGAGCCUGUCGACGAGCACGCUGCGGGCGGUGCAUGGGUGCCAUGCUCAGUACAUGCAGAACAUGGGGAUCUCCGCGUCUCUCUGCCUGUCUAUCGUGUUCACUCUCCAGCUAGCCAAGGAGCUGCAGUUGCAGGCGCAGCAGAGGGAGCAGCAGAUCCUGCAGCUGCAGACGCAGCUGUGCCAGAUGAUGCUCGCCAACGCGCCCUUCCACGCCCUCAUGUCCCCCGACGCCCGCCCCUCUGUGCGCGAUUUGGUGGAGUGUGACGGCGCUGCGCUGCUGGUGGAUGGGGAGUUCUACUCCUGUGGGACUGCACCCACCAAGGAACAGGUACUCUCCAUCAUUGAGUGGAUCCAAACGGCCCACCCCAACACCACCGGACUCACCAUCGACAGCCUCCUAGCAGCUGGCUACCCCCACGCCGCCUCCCUCGGGGACGCCGUCUGCGGCGUGGCAAUGGCCCAGAUCGGCGAGUCCGACUUCAUCCUGUGGCUGAGAUCGCACGUGCAGAAGCAGAUCCACUGGAGCGGCGCGAAGCAGAAGCCCGGGAAGGCCCCCAAGGACGAUAUCAAGAAGAUGAACCCGCGGCAGUCGUUUGAGGCGUUCCUGGAGGUGGUGAGGCAUCGGUCGGCGCCGUGGCAGGACCUGGAGGUGGAUGCGAUUCACUCCGUGCAGAUCAUUCUCAGGGAUGCCGUUCACAGGAUGCGCCUUGGGGUGCCUGUUGGGGGAGGAGGAGGUGGGGCAGCAGCUGAAAUGGCGCUUUCUCCAGAGGAGCUCGACAAGCUCUACGCAGCAACGUUCGAUCAGCUUGUGCACUUUAUCGAGACGGCAUCUGCGCCAAUCCUGGCCGUUGAUCGCGAGGGGUGCAUCACGGGGUGGAACAACAAGGUGGCAACCCUGACAGGGCUGCCCUUCUCGGCUGCCAUCGGGAAAUCUCUCGUGGACGACCUAGCAGACGUGCAGUCCAAGACUCAACUUCACGCGGCUCUCGACCUCGCCUUCCAAGGGCGCGAGGCACACAACAUUCAGCUGCGCCUGCACUCGUGGGGAACAGAGCGCAGCCUCUCCGGCCCCUCUGCACGCACCGCCAGCACUGGCAGCGCCGCUGCCGCUGCUGGUACUUCUGGUAGCACUGCUGGUGCUGCUGGUGCCGGUGCUGCCGGUGCUGCAGCGGACGCCCUUGGGAUUGACGUGGGGUCGUCUGUGAUCCUAUUGGCCAACACGUUUGUGAGCCGCGACGCGCAGCAGGAGGUGCAGGGGGUGUGCUUCGUGGGGCAGGACGUGACGGUGGAGCGGGUGGUGAACGACAAGUUCAGGAAGGUGAAGGGCGAUUAUGAGGCCAUUGUGCACGCGCACAGCUCCCUCAUCCCCCCCAUCUUCGGCUGCGAUGAGUUUGGGCUGUGCACGGAGUGGAACGCGGCGAUGGAGAAGGUGACGGGGUUCACGCGCUUUGAGGUGUGGGAGCGCAUGCUCAUCGGGGACGUCUUCGGCUCCCUCUGCCGCAUGGAGAGUGGUGAUGCCAUGACGAAGCUCAUGAUCGUCAUUAGCAAGGCCAUGGCCGGGCAUGAGGCAGUGAAAGUCCCCUUCUCGUUUCUGAACCGCCAGAGGACCCUGAUGGAGCUGCUGCUAUCCGUGCAUCCCAGGCACUCAGCGGACGGCAACUCAGUGGUGGGCGCCUUCUGCUUCCUCCACACGGCCUCUCUGGAGCUUCGGCAAGCCGUCGACCGGCAGAAGACGGCUGAAAAGCUCGCCUCAGACAAGGCGAGGCAGGUGGCGUACGUGAGGGAGAUGAGCCGAGGGCCGUUGGAUGGGCUGGCAUACUCGUUUGCGCGCAUGGAGCAGAUGGGCGCGGGGUUCUCGGGCAAGCAGCUGCCGUGGGUGCGCACGGGCGUGGCGCUGGAGACUCAGCUGCGGAAGAUCGUGAGCGACACUGACAUGCUGGCGAUAGAGCAGGGACAAGCACUGCUCGCCACGCUGCCGUUCACCAUGGAGGUCGUGUGUGGGGCAGUCAUCAGCCAGGCCACGCUGCUGGCCACGCGCAAGGGCGCCAAGCUGACUCUCGAGCUGGGCAGUGACGUGAAGACGCUGCCUCUGUGCGGCGAUGCUCCCAGGCUGCAGCAGAUAUUGGGCGGCUUGCUGUGCGCUGCAGUGAGCCACACGCAGGCCACUGGGCUGGUGAAACUGGAGGUGACUCAAAAGGGGUCGCGGCUCUUCCGCGGGACGACAACUAUGGCAGAACUCGAUAUAAGAAUUUCCCACACGGGGCGGGGUGUACCAGAGGAGAUAAUCAACCAGAUCUUUGGUCGGGCGAGCAGCGAUGGGGGGAGUGUUGGGGGGAUGAGCGUGGGAGGCAUGAGCACCGGGAGCGGUGCGUUAAGGAGCAACGCGGAGGGCGUGUCGCUGAGCCUUAUAAGGAGGAUGCUGAAGAGCAUGAAGGGAGAGGUGGUGUAUACGAGGGAGACCGGGCGCUGCUUCUUCUGGGUGCAUGUGGAUUUCCCCUUGUCCUCCGCGUUACGGUGGGGCGGUGCCGCUGCUGGUGGUGUUGGUGUGGCUGUGGCUGGUGCUCCUGCUGCCCUUUAA